CAGAUUUAAACAAGAAACAAGACAAGGCUUGCUAUUUCUCAGUGUCGAGCAGAGCCAGGGCAGUUAUUUCCUCCUUUUUCUAGUCCUCAUACUGAUUAAAGCAACAAGUCUUUGGAGGACAAGACAGUAUUGUUUAGUUUUUUUCUGGAAUUUUUCUGACCAUUAUUUGGGUUGCUGAGAAAAGUUUUAAUAGCUAACAGAGGGCGGUAAAGCAACGGAAACGGAUGUCAACUGCCUUAAAAAUCAAGGAAGAAGAAGAAGAAGAUUUAGCAGAGGUCUGUCGUGCUUGUCCAGGGUAUAAUAAGAACUCGGUUAAUCUCCCGUUUCUCUCCGUCCUGUAACAGACCGGAACAGCACCGCGGGACUGUAACCAACUCUAAAUCAGAUCGUCUUGUCAUGGACUUCUCCAUUCGUGCAGCCAGUGUAGACGACUGCAACGACAUCGCGCGGAUGAUUAUAGAACUGGCAGAAUAUGAAAAAGUGGCAAACCAUGUGAAAAUCACCCAGAGAGACUUGGAGCAAGAUGGUUUUUCCAACAACCCAUUCUUUCAUGGGAUAAUCGCUGAGGUGCCAGAACAGCACAGAACCAAAGAGGGCUACACGAAGAUCGGCUAUGCACUUUACUUUUAUACUUACAGCUCCUGGACAGGCAGAGCAAUUUACAUGCAAGACUUGUAUGUAAUGCCUGAGUUCAGAGGGAAGGGCGUUGGUAAAGCACUAAUGAGCAAGGUGGCACAGCUGGCUCUGGCUGCUGGUUGCCACCAGCUCAACUUCACCGUUGUAGACUGGAACAAACCAUCGAUGGACUUUUACCUCAGCCAGGGCUGUUUCGAUGUCACUGCUACCAUGGGUUACCACUGCAUGCGCUGCGAGGGGGAGGCGCUAGAGCACCUGGCUCAACCUUAACCCAACCCUUGUGACCUUGUGACCUUUGCAGCCAUGAGGUCAGCCCACGGAUUGCAGGGAUGGAGCACCACUCAGUGGCUCUUUCCAAAACUUGACAAGCUGAUUUUUAUUGACUGUUUGCUAAUCUCUGCCUUCCUUAACUACAACAUUCAAACUUAAAAGCCAUUUAGUAAUGUGUUGCAUAUUUAAUGCAGCAUGUUCCAGUAGGAUCUUCCUAUUCAGUACUCAUUAGUUUUUUAUCAGUAAUGAAGGUCACACAUAUAAAAAUAGCAUAAAAUUGAUUUCAUUGCAGUAACAUUUUGUCACUCACAGUGGAUGUUCCAGUCCUGUGAAGGGUUUUUUGCUUUAGUUACCAAUAUCAUUCAUAUCUCAGAUGUCUUCCACUUUUACAGAUAUAAUAGGUGGAAAAUAAUGACGUACAAACAUUAUAUAAUUCAACACAAAAAUCUAUACUUUGUACUCCUUAUAUUAAGCUCCAUAUAAAAAGCAAAUAAUGUGACAUGGGUUGUGGGACUGGAUAAGUGAUUGCUGGAAUGGAGGCUGUGGCUCGUGGAACCAAUUGUAAUUAUGUGAAAUGGUUUUACUUGGAUAAUGGUGAGCUUUCGGUCCAGGGGGAACACUUGGGCAGCAGGUGAGUUUCCACAGGAGGGUGAGAGUUGCUGGUGGAGAAUGGACAGGCUGGUGAGCAUGCAAGUCCCUCCUCCUACAGGUCUCAGAGUUUCUGAGUUUGGGGUAGGCGCAACUGGCUGGAUGUAUUCACUAGUCUGAGGAACAGGCAGUUCCACAGAAACAAGUUAUCCACAGGAACACGAAACUGGUUACUGAAAGGAGCAAAGGGAUUCUGUGUUGGCUGAGGAGAAAGUGUAUGAGUGACAGAAAAGAAAGUUGGCUCAGUCUUCACUACUUUGGAAAAGAACUGAGGCAGCCUUGAAUCUUUAAAUACCCUAGAUUCGAUGAGUUGAUUGUGGUGUGGAAGAACCAAACCAGAGACGCCACCCGUGGGUGGGUAAAACAUCCAGCAUGAUGGUGAAAUUUUUUUAAAGGGUUUUUUUUUUUCUUUUAACACUAAUUAAUUGUGUUGGACAGGUGUAGAGAAGGCUGUGGUUUUCAUGGUCAGUGUUAGGUUACAACAAGAGUAGCAGACUUCAGUCAAAACUUGAGCUGAUGAUUCUAAUUACAGUAUUCACUGAAAUCCAUAUUUAUGCUGUGUAGAGGUUGGAAAUUAAGCAAGAUAGUUCAUGUAACACCUUCUUGUUUCAGUGGGCUAAAUUCACAAAGACCAGCAGCACAGCUUGAUUGACCACAACCUGUACUCAAACGUCUACUGGAGCUCAGAAUAGAAAUUGUGAUUUAUUUUUUAUGUGUUUUUUAAAGAGGCACCACUACAGCUGACUACAAUGGACUUUUUUUUUUUUUUAUUAUGACAGGUGGACAUUCAUUCCUUGCACAAAUAUAGCUGGUAGAUGACCUACUUUUACCUUUAUACUUUGAGAAAACUUUAGAGGCUGUGCUUAUUUCACUUUUACUUGGAUGAAUAUGUUGAAUCAGUACUUCAGCUAUUAAUCGCUUUUUUAAAAAUCACUUCUACCUUAAGUGAAGAAUGUGUGUAGUUUUGAAACCUCUGGUGACUAUUGAAUGACACAUAUUGACACCCAAGCAACAAUUUCACAAUAAACUUCUCCCUGCCAUCCCAUCCUUUGAAAAGUAAGGGUUUGUUGGAGGAUAGUGCUUUUUUUUUUUUUUUUUUUUUUUUUUUAAACCAUAUUGAGUAAUAUAUCAUAUAAAAGGGCAUAGAGUGAGCUAUACAGUUCACUUUUGUUUUUCAAAAUGACGCACUACGAUGUCACAAUGGCUCCAUAAAUUUAUGCUAAAUCACACAUUACAUAAAUCUAUCUUAAGAUCCAAAGUUUUUGUGCAGUGCGUCAUUAAAAAAUCUGAGGAAAUUGGACAAGUGGAGGAAAAAAGAAGUGGCAGGCUGAAAAAAAAUUGUCUUCCGCAGAUGAACAUCUGAAAGUCAUGUCCUUAAGAGAAAGAACAAGAACUGGAUGUGAUGAACACAAAUUGUUGUCAUUAUGUAUGAAAGAAGAGGUUCAACAGUGAGUGUCCAUGGACAUUUGUAAAACAUGGUGGAGGUUGAAUAAAAGGAUUUUGAUUCAUUAAA